UUUAUCCAGAAACCUUUCUAGCCUCUCCUCAUCUCUUGGCUGUCUUGGCCUCAGGCAAAAAGAAUACCUGUCCCCAACCAGCUGUCUUCAGCUCCUGUCCUUCCUCCCAGCUGCCAGAGAAUUAUCAGCAGGAGGAAUGGCACCAGCUGUGACCCAGCUCCUUUUCCUCCAGCUUGUUCUAGGGCCAACUCUGGCCACGGACAUCAAGAUGCAGUUUGGCACCAGGAACUUCCGUAUCCUAAACGUCGACUAUCCCAAGGUUAUCUACCCAAGUGGUUUCCAGGGCUAUUGUAAUGGUCUGAUGGCCUAUGUGCGGGGAAAGAUAAAAACUUCACAUUGCUCAAAGAUCCAUUAUGUGAUGCAUGCCCCUUGGAAAGCCAUCCAGAAGGUCUGCAAGGAAAGUGAGAGCUUCUGUGAAAACUACAAUGAAUACUGCACACUCACUGAGGAUGCAUUCCCCAUCACAGUCUGCUCCCUGAGCCACCAACAGCCAACCAUCAGCUGCUACUACAAUAGCACUGAAACCAACCAAAGGGCCCACCUACUCUGCUCUCGCAAGUAUGAGGCUCAGCCAAUAGGUAUCAUUGGUCUCCAUUAGGGCAUUUAAUUCCUGAGCCACUCCACAACCUUUACCACCACAGGCCAGCCUGUCUCCAUUUCCAACAUUCUGAUCCCUGUAACAAGACUUCCUUCCUGAAUUCCAAGACAGGCAGGGUCCCCUCCCAAGAGACCAGGUGGGUAGGAAAAUGUCCAGGGCUUUGAUCACCAUGCAAAGUGGUGCUGUUUUCUAGGUUCUUUCCAGCUUGUUUACCCCCUUUUCACUCGCAUCUCCUUAUCAUCCUCCCUCUCCCAGAGACAGUAAAACCCACCCAAGAAGCUGACUUUGUCCAGUUGGCAGUGACUGUCCACCCACUGAGCCAGAUCCUAAGUCCUGGAUGGAGGCCCAGGGCCUCAGCUCACACCAUGGCAACAGGCACCAGCUCUGAGUCUCACCUCCCCAUCCCCAACACCCUUCUCAUCUAAGGCUCCCCGAGUUCCCUUACAAUCACCUCCACUCACGCACCUACACAGGGGGUAUGGCUAGCUAAAGGAACCUCCCUGAGGCCCUUAGAGUCAUAUUAGCCACAUUUCCCCACAACCCCCAGUUUCCAGCCUGCUUCUCUCUGUGAAUUCAUUGCUUCUCCCUUCAUACAACUGUCCUCUCCUCCUUCCUCUUACCACGGAGCCUAGGGCUGUCUCUCCCCCACACUCUCAACCACCUUAGUUACCCUGCCUUCCUUUUUCCAACUUACUUUUCUUCCAGUGUUCUUACGUUGGCUACUGGCAUUUCAAGGUAUUGUCUCUCACCCAUCCCCCAGAGGUUCCUGUUUCCCUUCUCUUCUAGCAGCUCCUCCCAAAUCCCCCAGACUCAAGAGUCUGCCCCUGACCAGGCAGGGAAAUGAGGCAGGCCCAGCUCUAAUCAAAUAUAAAUUUCUAAAACCACAUCUGAGUAUGUAAGAUGUAACCAUGGAGGGAAACUCGGUGAAGGGCACACGAGACCCCUCUGUACUAUUUCUUUGUAACUUCCUGUGAAUCCAUAAUCAUUUCAAAAUAAAAAGUUAAGAAC